AUGGUCCUAGUGAAUGAUGGUCCUAGUGAGAGUGGUGGUCCUAGUGAGAGUGAUGACCCUAGUGAGAGCGAUGGUCCUAGUGAGAGUGAUGGUCCUUGUGAGAGUGAUGGUCCUAGUGAGAGUGAUGGUCCUAGUGAGAGUGAUGGUCCUAGUGAGAGUGAUGGUCCUAGUGAGAGUGAUGGUCCUAGUGAGAGUGAUGGUCCUAGUGAGAGUGAUGAUCCUAGUGAAAAUGAUGGUCCUAGUGAGAGUGAUGGUCCUAGUGAUCAAUGUUUUUACCUCGAGUCACUAGAUUGUGAUGAAAAAAACAAUAGUGCCAGCUCUACCGACAACCCUCGUGUCUUCACACCUGUCGGAAGUCACCCGGCACCGUCUCAGACCUUCGGAGAGUCACUUAAGAGGGACCGUCUCAGACCCUCGGAGGGUCACCUAGAGGCACCGUCUCAGACCCUCGGAGGGUCACUUAAGAGGGACCGUCUCAGACCCUCGGAGGGUCACUUAAGAGAGCCCUCAACUGAGCCACAUAUGUAG